CUCAAAAUCUAUCAAAUUCAGAUAAUGCAUCCUUUGACUUGUCUCAGAAAAUAGCCUUGAAGUUAACACCUCCAUUACCAUACAGAAUUGCGAAAGCCCUCGAUCCAACGAUUUAUAGAAACGUGGCUAGAGAUAUUGUUGAAGAAGAAAAGCGAGAAGCCAAACUGAGAUAUCAAAAUUUUGGUUUUUCACCAGGUGACAAGUGUCAAGUUGUGUUGUCCAGUCAGCCAAAUAAAGCAUAUAAUGCCUUUAUUCAGGAAUUAAGUGAUAAUCAAGGACCAGUUGUUGUUUUUGUGGAGGAUCUAGGUGAGAAGCGAACAGUUCCUUACAGCAGUUUGCGACAUUUUCCUGCCUCUAGAAACGGUUGUCAAUAUUCAUAUUCAGACGCAGGUUACGUAUCGUAUAUUGAUAAGAAGUGUAAAAGAAAGAAGGCUGGAAUGCCCAUACCUUCGGAUAUAAAUACAUAUCACUCUCCUAGACGAUCUGCACCUCGAAACUGGAUACAGACCAGUGUUAAGAACAUGCAGCUGCCAUCCCAGCCAGUUGACUAUACAACCAAUAUUGAUGUGUCGAAUCCUUAUUGUUCAGUUCCCAUGAAUGGUCCAACUAUCAUGUCUAACUCGCCAAGUUUACCUGUUCCUAAUCCAACUACUUACUUUAUGCCUGUGAUAAAUGUACCCUAUCCUCCAAACAUAGGUCACGUCAACUUUAAUAUUGGACCGUCACAAGAUCCGUAUGGUAAAGAUCUACCUCAAGACGUAAAUACAUUACGAUAUUUUUAUAAUUUUGGAGUUGAAAACGCAUCAGUAAGUUCCUUUAAUAGAACAAUGAAUACAUCGUCUUGUAGAAUGAUGUCCACAGUGAUGCCACCUCCAACCACCAUAUCAUAUGCUCCAGCAGUAGUACCAGCAGAAAACCAAUGUCACAUGAUAAUGUCGGCUCCAAUGGAACACGGUCAGUCCCGUACCAGUGAUAAAACCAAUGCAUGUUGCACGCAAAACCAAAAUAAUCAUCAUAAAAAUGUUACAGUUUCUGUUAAAGAUAAUAGUGUUAAUAGUGAUAGAGAUGUUCAUAAUGAGAGUAAGGAUAUAGAAACAGAUGCCAUAUCAAAUAGUGACAAUAGUGGAUUAGCCAGUCCCGAUAAACUCGAUUCAUUAGGUAGUGACAGUGGUCUAGAUAGUACCACCUCUGGUGCUGAGGAACCACUAACCUAUACAAUAGAUUCACAAGAUACGGGCAAAGUUGUUAAAGGAAAAAGAAAGUAUUACAUGUAUGGCAAUUUAAAACUUGUUAAACCAAUCAAGGAAAUUCCACCACGUUUUCAAAUGCUGUUGGCUGAAACCAGUGCAGCUAAGGCUCGAUGUGAAGGGCAGCCUAUUUACAUUCAAACACAUUCAGAAAACAUUGCUUAUGAUCAGGAAACGGAACUAAAUGCAAAUGCCCGUUGUUUUGUUCCAAUGCAAAAUUGCAUGCCACCUUCGAUGAAUUGCACGAAUGUGAAUAAUAAUCUGACUGGUGUUGGUUCUAAUCAUGCUAUUCAACCUAACAUUACUCCAAUACCUAAUGCAUGUUUUCCCCCUCCUCCACCUUAUGUUAUGGGAGGAGCACAAUCUGCCAUGGUACAUGGUCCCCCUCCUCCUGCUCCUCCCCAGGUCACAAAUUAUUCUAAGGUACAGGUGUCAUCACAAACCCUUACUGAACCACCAGUAUCUAAUAAUGUAGGAGCUUCUUCUAACUAUCUUAACUCUAAUAGUGGUGGUGGUACUUGCUAUUAUGUAUAUUCUUCUACAUCUUCAGGCUACAGCACUUUACCACCUACAACCCCUACUCCACCAGGUAACGGUCAGGGGCAGGUAAUAUAUGUGAUGAAUUCCCCCUAUACAGCUCCACCUGUACAGACAUAUCAACCUAUGCAACCAGUGCCACCUUAUGUUACAUGUUCGGCAACAGCACAGUAAUAAUUCUAUCUUUUACCCUUUGUGUUUGUGCUAAAGAGGUGUCUUGUCUUCCUAAUUUUAUUACAAGUGCUAAUCGUUACUUUUUGUGAGUAACAUUAUUUAAGAUCAGUUGUAGCAGUCUGAAUUGUGAACUAAAUAUUUCUUCUUGUAUUUCGAGACAAUACUUACGCAGGGAUACACUCUCUUGAGCGGUAUUCAAUGGUCAUUGAGUUGUAUAUCUAUAUACCAGUUUGUUAUAUUAAGAUAUUUGUUUUUAAGAAUUUAAUUCUUGAGUAGUAAGUUUGUGUUCUUCAUACAUAAUAGAUAUUAAUAGAAACGUGUAUAAAUAUUGACUGCUUUAUAUUUUAAACAAGGUAGGCUAACAUUUGUCAAUUAAAAUUAAAUUUAGAAAUCCAUAUUGUUGUAGGUGGUACAGCUGUUUAAUAAUGUGUAUAUAAAAAUAGAAACGUUAAAGCCUUUUAAAAGUUUAUCUGUUUGAUAAUUUAUGAUAUACUGAACUAUUUGGAUAUUUUAAUGUUAUCAAUACAUGAUGCAUAGGUUAAGAUAUAUUACUAGUUUCAAAAAUACUCUGUAUUUAUUAAAUAGUAUUUAGUAUGUGUUAACACAUUUUGUUUCGCUUGUUGUUCAUACAUUCAUUUUAGAUCAUAAUUUAUCAUUACGUUUUUAGAUUUUACAAAGAUAUAAGCAAUUUUUUUUUUCCUAAUAUGCACCCAAUGAUACUGACAAAAUAAUUUAUCUUGAGAAAUAACUGACAGUAUUAAUCUGUCAUUUGUUUAUUUAAUGAUAGCAGGAGUGAACAAAAACCCUGAGAAUUACAACCUUAUCAAUAGACACUGUCGGUUACUUGUUAAUUGAAAGGAAAGUUGAUUUUUUUUUUUUUUUUUUUUAUCAGAUUCACGAUAUAUCACAAUAUAUAUACUUAUGGUGGACAUUUGAAAUGAUCCAAAUCACCCGUAAGCUAAAUGUUUUAUUAGACCUGUAUUGAUGCUUAUAAUAGUGUGACCUGGGGCAUGAUGAGUAUCUUUUGUUUGUUGUACCAAGUCGAUAACAAAAAAACAAAAAACAAAUAAAAUUAUCUGAUAUGUAUUCCUAAAUUAUUAGGUCUAAUAUUUUUUCAGUAGUAAAGGGGAAUAUCAAAUUUUUAAAAUCUGGUAAAAAAAAUUUUUUUUUUUUAAAUAUUCUCAAGUUUUUGAAGACAGAAAAUUUUGUAUUAGUUGUCAUUGUUACAAUGUUUUGCCAAAUCAAAUUAUUUCCUCCCAGUGUAUUAAUUAGGAAUUGCUUAUUUUUUUGUAAAUUUUAAUUUCAUCUACUUGCAACAUUUAAUGUUUCAUUGUUUUAAUUGUUCAAAAUAUUUAUCAUGUUUAAUUGUUGUAACUGUUCAAACAUUUAAAAGUUUAUGAUAAUAUUUUAUUACUGUUAUUUUCUUUAAGAUUAUUUAUAGUUUGUUUAUAAUGAUAGUUUCGGGCAUUUUAUUUCAUGCAGUCUUAUUUAUUUUUAUUAUUAUAAUUUUGAUGUAUACACAUAUUGAUUGAACAAUUUGGACUCAAACUUUUCUUGGAUUUCUUUAUGUAACAUUUUGCAUUUAGUUAUCUUAAUAUUUAGAAGUCUAUAUUUAAUUUGUCAAAUCUCUUGACGAGAUUUUAGUUUAGCUUUGUAUUCAAAAUCUGUAAUUAAAAUAUAGAUUAUGUACAUUUUUGAAAUUUUUUCUGUUAAUAAAUAACUUGCACACCUAAGCUCAGAAAUCAAGUAGGCCUAACUAACAUAGAAACUAGGUUGAACAAUUUUCAUGUUUUAUCAGUAAUUUGUAUGACUAGAUUUCCCUUUGGGAAUUGAACUCUAAUAUUUGUACUCAUUUUGAUCUUUUAUUGAAAUAUUUAUUGAAAUAUUCAUAUUUUCAGAUGUUUUGGUUUUUUUACAUACUCAACUUAUGAUGUAAUUGAAGAUUUUGAUUUGUAAAUAAUUCCUGUCUAUUUCCUAGAAUUUUGAUAUUUUUUUUCCCCCAACAUUUAUCAGAAUACUUUUGACAAAUAAUGAUUUUUCACAGUUGAGAUUUUUUUUUCUUCUCUGGGUUACCCCUGUAUUGAAAUGUUAACUUACAAAUAUUUGUACAUAAAAUUAGUUUUGAUAUGUUAAGAUGCUUUAAGAGCUCGUUUCUCUAUUGACAUUUAAAAGAAGUGUUAAAUUUGUCUUUCACAUGUUAUAGUUUUGAUAUGGUUAAAUAAUAUGUAUGCCUUGUUUAGAAAGUUUUGAUUUGUCUCCCACCUUUUAAAGGACUAUUAAAACGUUUUUGUAGGUCCGUCUGUCUGUCAAACUAUUUGUGACACAAUAAGUCUACUUUUCAAUUGAGGUAGAAUGUUCAAACUUGGUGCAGAUGUUCAUACGGUGAAUGUUCACUGAGUUUGAUGUUUUGAUUUGUCGAAGCUUUGUGACAUAACUUUGAUUCUAGUUGAGGGGGUUGGAUGGUCGAAUGGUUUGCAUUGUAUCAUAAGAUCUUGUUAUUGAGUCAACUGGCGUGGUUUCGAUUUCUCAGUUGUACGAGGCAAGGAAUAGGGUUGCCUGUCCAACGUUCUGGAUUUUCUCUCGUUUCAUCCCCCCACUGAUAAAGACCCCUAAGCGCAAGUCAAUUAUUGAAAUAAAAUUGAACCAUAAUUGAGUCUCGAAAUGACCUAGUUUGUGUCGAGUGGACGUUGAACCCCAUUUCUGCCACUGUUGAUUCUAGUUUGGUCACGUUAAUUUUCUUCUAAGGUAAGUAUAAACAAGGAGAUUUGGUGCUUGAUGCGCUAGGAAAAAAAAAAAAUGGGCAAUGAAAAAUAUGUCAUCUAUUUUGGCAUUUAGGUGGAGAAGAUGACCUCACUGUUGGCUAUUUUUUUUUUAAUUUGGGAUGUGCUGGUCCCAGUAAAUUAACUUGUCAAAUAAUCUUAAAAGUUUUGCCUUUGAAGUUUUGAAACAAAUAAAUGCAAUUUUCUAGUCGAAAGGAAUUAGAUAUAGUUCCACUUAAAGAUUUUAAAUUAAAAAAAAUAUUUGCUAUUAAUAUUUGAAUGCAACACAUUAUUAUUAUAUUUGUAAAAACACAUUUCAUUGAGAUAAACAUUUAUAUACAUGUAGUUUAAUGAGUUCUGUAGGUUUUAAAUAGAAGUUCAAAAGGUGAACCUGUCAGGGAAAAUAUUGGUAACAUUGACUAUUUCAUCAAUAUUACUUCUAUUUGACUAAAAAAUUGACUUUUUAUUGGAUAUCAGUACUGCAUAAUCAAUAUUUUGGGAACAUUUGAGAAAUGACAUAUUUGUAAUAUUCAAUACCUUUGACAAUAAAUGUAGAUCAUACCACGAGUUCAUGAAUAAUAGGCUAUAAAUUUUAAAAUUGAAACAGCUUUUAGAAUGUGAAGUAUCUAUAUAGGUCGUAACUUUUACAAAUAUUGAUUUAAAUAUUCUGUCUGUUUUCUUAAAGCCAAUCCUUUGUCAAUCUUUACAGUUUAUCUUUUAUUUGUGGCUCAACCUUUUCAAUAAUGUAAAACAUACAUCAUUAAGACAGAACACGUGUAUAUUUUCUACUUUCUUUUUACUAUUUAUGCUUUGAUAUUGACUAUUUCUAGCCAUUUACAUAUCAAUCUCACUAAAACAUAGAUCCUUUUUGGUUUCGUUUUUAUAGUUCAGAAUUUCGUUUUACUUGUAUUUACUACACUAGGAUCUGGAAGACUUGUUAUCAUUAACGUGUUCUGAAUAGUGAGAGGUAUUAGCCAAUGAAACGAUCUGUUACGGCAAGGUUUAGGCCUGUUUUGCAUGGAACUGUGGGUAAUCCACUAGUAACACUAAUGCUGAUUGGUUAAUCAAAUGUCUGACGUCAUAGGCUCACUUGCCGCUCAUAUGACCUCUUUUGUGACCUAUCGCAACAACCGGUCAGAUCUUCAUGUACUGUAGACCAUCAAAUGUAUAAAAAACGAAACGAAAUAUAGAUCUGUAUUUUAAUCAGUUUGUUUAUAUAUCUCCAUAUAUUUAAAUAUAUAUGAUCAGUUUUGUAUAGUAAUAAUAAUAAUGUGUCUGCUGUUUUGUGCCUUAAUAAUUUAUAUGUAGAUUUCAUUAGAACCAUGUUUGUUUUAUUCCAGAAUUACAAUUGGAUUAUUUGCUAUCACUGAUUUUGUUGGUGACGGACAAUUAUCACAUUAUUACAUACCUUACUCGUUUUUAAAGAGUAUGAUUACUCCCAAUUUUUCAAUAAAUGAUGCUUUAAACCUA